AUGUCAGUCUUAGCAUACUCUAAGGCCGCCAUCAGUCAAAUGCUCGAGUCUGGAUCGUCGACACAAAUUGAUGGCUGUCCCACCGAACCUCUUUUCAGCCGCUUUUCGCCUCGAUCUCCUCUCGCCACUUCUUUAGCUGUAGCUACAAAUGGGACAGUACUGAUACGAGCGUAUGAGGAUGACGUGUCCAAAACGGCUACGAUGGGGAGUGCACUUCAACUGCUGAAUUUUCAUCUUUCAAAUAACCGAUACCCAGGGAAUCCUACCGGUCGAUAA